AGUCCCGAGUCACCGGCUCCGGCUGGAAUGCUGCAGUGCUGGGAGCCUUAGUGUGUGCUGGACAAACACUCUGUCACUGAGCUACAUCCCAGCCACAACUUGGAAUCUGAAGUUACAUCCACCUAGGGUGCAUGGUGGGACUGCCACAUGCCAGUGAUGUGACCUCCACUUUGGCCCGACAUCUCCUCCUUCUGGAAUGUAAGGUGGUUGUCCUAGACCCUCUGGGCUCUUCUGUCAGAAGUGUUGCUAUGGAGAUCCACUGACAGACUUCAUUUAUCUCUAGCUUCCAGCUGGACUUUGAAGUAGAGAGCAAUUUGCGUAUUUCCUUGAAGAACCCUCUGAAGCCUAACAGCCUGUCCUGGGACUUAGAGAAAGGGACUCACACGUUGGUUCUCCAGAAUUGGGGCUGGGAAUGGCCACAUCGAACAGGCCACACUCGAGGCAGCCUCUGACCGCAGAGCCAGCUGCAGAAGCAGUGUCUCAGCCCCUGGGCCAAGAGCUGACCGAGGCCAACCGCUUUGCUUAUGCCGCCCUCUGUGGCAUCUCUUUGUCACAGCUGUUUCCAGAACCUGAACAAAGCCCCUUCUGCACAGAACUGGUGACGGGCCUGGUGAAAUGGCUGCAUUUGUCUGAAGCUGUCCUCCCAACCAUGACUGCCUUUGCCAGUGGCCUGGGAGGCGAAGAAGCCGACAUCUUUGCUCAGACUUUACUGAAGGAUCCCAUCCUGAAAGGAGACCCUUCAGCAGUCACUCAGGAUCUUCUGAGCUUCUCACUCAAGGAUGGACACUACGAUGCCCGGGCCCGAGUCCUCGUUUGUCAUGUGACUUCCCUGCUCCAGGUACCCAUGGAGGAGCUUGAUAUACUUGAAGAGGCAUUCCUGGAGAGCCUGAGGGACACCAAAGAGGAGGAGUCUGAGACCGCAGAGGCAUCCCGGAAGAAGAAAGAAAAGCAGAGGAAGUGGAAACGCUAUCUCCUGAUAGGCCUGGCCACAGUCGGAGGCGGGGCAGUGAUUGGUGUGACUGGGGGGCUAGCUGCCCCCCUUGUUGCUGCAGGAGCUGCCACAAUCAUCGGCAGCGCUGGGGCAGCCGCCUUGGGCUCCGUGGCUGGCAUAGCAGUCAUGACCUCACUGUUCGGUGCAGCCGGAGCUGGCCUGACAGGAUACAAGAUGAAGAAGCGAGUUGGGGCCAUUGAGGAGUUCAUGUUCCUGCCUCUGACAGAAGGCAGGCAGCUGCACAUCACCAUCGCCAUCACUGGCUGGCUUGGGUCCGGCAUUUACCGCACAUUCAGCGCCCCGUGGACGGCUCUAGCCCGCAGCCAGGAGCAGUACUGCUUGGCCUGGGAAGCCAAGUACCUGAUGGAGCUGGGCAAUGCCCUGGAGACCAUCCUCAGUGGCCUCGCUAACAUGGUGGCCCAGGAGGCUCUCAAGUACACCGUGCUCUCCGGUAUCGUGGCUGCCCUGACUUGGCCGGCUUCCCUCCUCAGUGUUGCCAAUGUCAUCGACAAUCCCUGGGGCGUAUGUCUUCACCGGUCGGCAGAGGUUGGCAAGCACCUGGCACACAUCCUCCUCUCACGGCAGCAGGGCCGGAGACCUGUCACCUUGAUUGGGUUCAGCCUGGGAGCCAGAGUCAUCUACUUCUGUCUCCAAGAGAUGGCCCAGGAAGAAGGACCCAGUGUGGCAUGGAACACUGACAGGCUAUGCUGGGCUCUCUCACCAGAUUGCCAAGGGAUCAUCGAGGAUGUGGUUCUUCUGGGUGCACCAGUAGAAGGGGACCCCAAGUACUGGGAACCAUUCCGGAAGGUGGUGUCUGGAAGAAUCGUCAAUGGCUACUGCAGGGGAGACUGGUUGCUGAGCUUCGUGUACCGCACGUCUUCCGUGCAGCUCCGGGUGGCAGGCCUCCAGCCCGUGCUGCUGCAGGACCGGAGGAUGGAGAACGUAGACCUGUCCUCAGUGGUCAACGGGCACUUGGACUAUGCCAAGCAAAUGGAUGUCAUCCUCAAGACUGUGGGCAUCCGAACCAAGCCAGGCUGGGGUGAGAAAGGUUUCCCACUGGCUCCUGGCAGCCUGCCCCAAGAAGAGCCUCUCCAGACAGCCGCAGUUUCCACAGAUGAGACGAUCCACCAGGAUGGGCAAACCCAGGGACCUGAUCCAGGAGACAGUCUCAAAACUGCCAUACCUUCCAGUGCCAGGCAAGCCCAGAUGCCAACAGAGCUGAACCAAUCCACAGAAACCUUGCUCCCUACUGCUGCCAGUCCAGCAGAGGGACCCCUGAUCUGCAGCCAUGGUGUGAGUUCUAACCCACUGGGCUGCCCUGACUGCACACAAGGGACCCAGGAGUCCUGUGCGGAACUGGACUGACCCCAGCAGGAGCCUGGACUAUCUCUCCAGACUUCUGUACACAACUCUCUCUAACACUUCUGAGCUCCUCGGGAUGUUCUGGAAGUGUGAAAUUUCCACAAGUGCCUUCCUUAAACAGAAAGGGCCUAGAGUAGAGAGCCAUGGAGGAAACACUUGCUCCCUGAGGGAACACUGGUCAUGUGACCUACAACAUCAACCCAGCUCCAGGUCAGUAUAGGCUCCUGCCCUGCAGGUCCCAUCUAGAGGCCCAGGAGUCACUGUGGAACUGGAGGUUCCCCUGUUCCCUCUUUCUCCAACUUCAGCGGAACCAAGUGUCUUCCCAAUCUUUUAUCAACUCUCCAGGCUGCUCACCAGCCCCAGGCCCUACCAGUGGGUCCUUCUCAGGUGCCAGUGAGGCACUCUCCUCCAUCUGCUCUCCUUGGGAGGUCCAGUCAGCUCUGUCCCUACAGAUGUGCAGGCUGUGCGCACUGCACACCUUCGGGAGUAAUUGAGACGUAGACGUGAUGGAUGUGAGCUUGUGAAACAUGACGGCCCUGGAUAGAACUGUAGCAAGAGGAACAAAGGCAGAAUUCAGUCGGCACAGAGAGAAGAGGGCUGGUAAUAAAUGUGGAUUGCCAGGGAGGGACCAAUAAAUACCAAAGGCUUUUCUCCUGAC